AUGGGGGCAAAAUUGGGAAAGUUAGGUCUAUAUGACUGCAUUGGCGGUCACAGGUUUAUUUGUCUGAGGCUUAGACUUAGUGACGAGAAACUCCUUAUAUUGUUUGGUUUGCAAAAGGUUGUCGUGUUCUUGGCACCGUCUCUUAGCUUCAUCUAUAUUUUUAGGGGGUGCAAUCAUUGCUGGGGCAAUUUCUGGAGGAUAAUUUAAUCGAGCAAAUUCUCGUAAUUCAUGAAGUUUGUUACAAAUUUCUGAAUGUAAAACGCUAUAGUCUGGGGAAUGAAUAUCAAAAAGUUGAUGAGUCAAAUUUUCUUCAGUUUGGUAAUCUUUAAAUCUAGUGGUUAAAAUAGCAGAAAGAUGUUCAAUAGUAAUAGGAUUAGUUUGUUCUGUAAAUUCGGCAGGUUCACCUUGUAAUCUAGACUUAAUAAAUGUUAAAGCAUGUCCUUUAUAGGAAAUAGGUAAAGCGUUAUAAAAUUCUGUAGACUUUCUUAAAAAUGUAGAAGGAUUGUUUGAAUAGCCAUCAAAUAUAGGAAUUGAAUCUUUUAGCAUGUUAAAAAUUAAUUGAGGAUUGUCAUGCUGAACGACAUUCUGUUGAUUUGAAGUAGCGAUUCUUAUAGGAGAUCUUUCUCUUUCGGUAGGCACAAAAUGAUUAACAAAAGGCAUAAAAUAAAAUGUAUAAAAGAUGCAGGAUAAAAAUGAGUAAAAAAUAGGUGAAA